AGUUGCCAAUGGGAAUUUUCUCCUUGAUGACUUCCUUGAUUGCUUUCAGACACUGGUCUGGCAGAUGCAGAGAAAGAACAUCACAGAAGUGACAGAAUUCAUCUUCCUGGGAUUCUCUAUCUUUGGAAAGCACCAGAUAACCCUCUUUGUGGCUUUCCUAACCAUCUACAUUUUAACUCUAGCUGGUGACAUCGUCAUUGUGGCCAUCAUCCGCGUUGACCACCAUCUCCGCACUCCCAUGUACUUCUUCCUGAGCAUGCUGGCGAGUUCUGAGGCCGUGUACACACUGGUCAUUGUCCCACGAAUGCUCUUCAGUCUCAUUCUUCAUAACCAGCCCAUCUCCUGGGAAGGCUGUGCAACUCCGAUGUUCUUUUUUGUCACGUUGGCCGUAAAUAGUGGCUUGUUGCUCACGGCAAUAGGCUAUGACCGCUAUGUGGCUAUCUGCAACCCUCUGAGGUACACUGUCGUCAUGAGUAAAGGAAUGUGUGCCGGGUUGGUAUGUGGGUCCUUUGGCACUGGUCUGGUAAUGGCAGUUCUCCACGUAGCAGCCAUGUUCCACUUGCCCUUCUGGGGCACAGUGGUGGACCAUUUCUUCUGUGACAUUUACCCUGUCACGAAGCUUUCUUGCACUGAUUCCACUAUCAAUGAGAUGAUCAAUUAUGGUGUCAGUUCCUCUGUGAUCCUGGUCCCCGUGGGCUUGAUUUUCAUCACCUACGUCCUCAUCAUCUCCACCAGCCUCAAGAUCCCCUCCGCCCGGGGCCGGAAGAAGGCCUUUGCCACCUGCACCUCCCGCCUCACGGUGGUCAUCGUCCACUACGGCUGUGCCUCCGUCAUCUACCUCAAGCCCAAGUCAGAGAACUCAAUAGAAAAAGACCUUCUCUCAGUGACUUAUACCAUCAUCACGCCUUUGUUGAGCCCUGUUGUUUACAGUCUGAGGAACAGGGAGGUCAGGGAUGCUCUACGCAGAGCCGUGGGCAAAAACACUUCUUAACAGAUCGAAUCAUUUUGUCAGGAGACCUUUAGCCCAGUGUAAUGUGUGUCU